AUGGAGGCUAGAUUAUUUGGUCUAACAAUUAAAGAGUUGCGUCACUUUGCUUAUCAACUGGCCGUCAGAAAUGGUAUUGGUAAUAAAUUUCCAAAUGGAAUGGCAGGCCAAGAUUGGGUUAGUGGAUUCUUUAAGAGACAUCCUACUUUAUCUGUUCGCAAACCUGAAGCAACAUCUGGUGCAAGAGCAAUGGGCUUUAAUAAAGUAGCUGUGGAUAAGUUUUUUUCGUUGCUAACGAAUUUAAUCGACAAGCACAAAUUAACGGCUUCUAAAAUAUUUAAUUGCGAUGAAACGGGUGUUUCAGUGAACCCUAAAAACCAUUCAAAAAUUAUAGCUUUCAAAGGGAAACGGCAAGUCGGAUCGUUAACAUCCUAA